AUGUCCGAUACCAAACUGUCGUUUUGUUUUCCAAACGCUGUCAGUAACUAUCCUUUCUAUCCUUCAUUUCAAUACCCCAACCUUGUGGGUAGCCACGAAGGUUGCCACUGCCCACCAUCUCUGUUGUCCGUAUGCAAUCUGUCGUACCGCUUGAACCCCUUUCAACCGCCGUAUCGUCGUUUUUUCAACACGCGGCAACUGUUUGUUGAGCGGCACACGGAAGACUUGGCAUCGCAUUUACACGAUUCGGUCUUCUCGGAGCCUCUGAUGACAUCCACUUUGUUUCAUCCCGCGUCCUCAAACGCGUUUAUUAAUUCGUCUGAAAGGUCCCAUCUCCGGGUUACCAAUCCUGAUGGGGUUGAGAUUCUCGGCUGCCGUUCAACGACUCCUCACGCACGGGAUCGAGGUCUGAACGCCAAUGAUUCAACGAAUUCUCAGCAGGAUGAUUUUGAUAGCUCUUCAGUAAAAGGUUUUGCUUCAUCACGAAGGAUGAGUUUACUCACGGACGUCCCGCAGACGAUUAACGAAAAGUGUAUCCUCUCUAUGGAUAUUGAGUAUUUACUGAAGGGCCAUAAAGCGUUUAUCAAUACUAUUCAUGUCGACCCUCUUGGCCAAUUUCUUAUUUCAGGUUCCGACGACAGACAUCUUAUCAUUCACUGUACUCACACAUGGAAAUUCAUUCGAAGAUACACUCCCGAGGACUCUAAACGAAUCUCAGAUGCAAAGUUUAUGCCCUACGACUCCGAAAAAGUUCUGUUUUGCGAUAUGGAAGGCAGUGUAAUAUUACUGCAUACAUUCUAUGAUGACUGCUUCAAUAAAUACUUAUCUUCAUCGAUCCCAAAUUCCAUUGUAUGUCCUACAGGCUGGCCUAACACAGCAUAUGUGGGGUAUGAAAAUGGUGGCCUGGUGGGCAUUGACACACGUUGCUUCACUGAUUGGAGCACUAAUUUCACUGUACCCUUUCCGAUUUCGUUCUACUCCAUCAAUGCUCUUGACACACAUGAGAGAUACCCAUACACGAUUGCCUGUGGUACGAGCAUUGGAUUGACAUUUCUAGUUGAUAUUCGCAUGAAUUUGCUCACGCCAUAUGCGGCGAUUAGUGUAGUAAAAACACCGUUUCCAAGAAUGGGGCCGUCGUUUACAACUAAAGGUGAAGCAGUAAUCCAACAGUGCGGUGUAAGCGGUCUCUCUUUCAGCCAGAGAGGGGACUGGUUAGCGAUUAAUUUUCACAAUGAGGAUGCUUUUCUUGUUCCGUGGGUGGAUUGCCUUCAGAAAACCUACCGGGAGCUUGCAGUGAGUGAUGUGGAUUCCUGUAAUUCUAUGGGCUCUGCAGUCCCUCGCGGGAGACUAUUCGGGCUGUGCAAGUACUUUCCAGACAGUCAACCCAUUUUGGUUGUCAUGAACAACGACUCGGACGGCGUACGCUGCCUGCACGGCCGCGAGAACAAGGAUAGGAGGCCUAAGAACAUCACUUUCAUGGAGAAUGAUACGUUGGUAUGCACGGGCAGUGAUGACGGCAGUGUGGUGUUUUGGCGCACCAACGAUGGGAAGUAUCUUGGAAAAAUCAAAGCUGAUAAAUCUGUAGUCAAAUGUGUUCUUUACCCACCUUCCUUGAAACGUCUGCUGGUCUGUGGGAAUGAUCUCACUAUUAAGGCCUUUGCGCCAAUACUUCCUGGGGAGUCGGGAGAAAUAAACAACGAUGCUUCACACCCGUCAUUUUUGAGCAGAGAUCAUAGCCAGAUGGUGUCUGGUGCAGUUGGAGCAGCUUGGUCUAGUGAAACAGGAGCAGGAAAUUGUGAGGAAGAGGAUUCUUAUGUGAGCGUCGGAGGAUAUAUCUCAAACACGCAUGCCCGUCUUUGGUUGCUAAUUGGUUCCAAUCCACGGUACACAACCAUUAAUUUGAACACUAUUACAGACAACCCAGACGCUGAGGAUAGUAAAUGGGGUUCCACAUCCUUAAACGUCGGCUGCUAUUAUUUGCCGGGUGAAAUUCCUGAUCGAAUCUUGUUGAGUCCCUCUGAAAUUAGCAAAAUGAAGAAAUAUUAUAUCUCACCUUUUUUCGUUCCCAACCGCGAGAUAUUGUUUCCCCCAGGAAACGGUAAUAAUAACCAGGAAAGGGACAUCCCCUCAGUUAAUAUGGGGUUUUAUGAGGAAGAAAGCACCUAUGAUAAUGAUUCCCAGGAUUCCCGUAUUGAUUCCGGAGAUCUGUCAUCGGUUAAUAUUAAUUUUUUACUGUACUUCAUUACAUCUAAAUGUUCUGUAUACAGAUCGCGUACUAGCGAUUUUUUGUAUUUACCCAUACUGCGGGAUACAAACUUAGACUAUAAACGAAUUCCAUACACAAAAGAGAAUGAGUUAAGUGCUCUGAUUACUAUCAUGAAUGAUGAGCUUUACUAUAUUGAAAAAAUCAAAUUCGAAACAGGAUCUGGAUCUCUGUUUGACGCACGCGAAAAAUUGGAAUGCAAUAUCCCAAUGCUUCCCAUGAUUUCCAAAAGAUUGGAGAUGUCGCUGUAUGGCCCGUAUUCCGAGGUAUUCGCAUCUACAGAUGAUUCACUAUUCGAAAUUCAUGUCGUUCCAUUUGAUGUUGAGCGUAGCGACUCAGCAUCCUUAUCCCCUACCCUGUCAAGGGCAGAUCUGCUGUUAACGCGUCCUCAGGGAAGGGAUGGGCAAGACGAUGAAAUUGAGCAACCUCGGGGCCCAGAAUCACGAAUACGGCAGGUGGAAGAAUCAUUGGAUGUCGUCCAUGAUCCUAUAAGACCUGAAAAAAAUGAAUUGAAUGUCCCAAAGAUGCUGUACCCAUUCACUAUGCAUCUGGACCACGUGGAUAAAUUCUUUCAUAUUAUAAGAAACCUAUUUAAUAGUCGCUAUUUCAUGGGCUUCAAACUACUCUACAAUGAUAAUGGGACUCCCUUAGUUAAAUUCUUCAAAAUUAAGCCGCCACCAUUGAGAUGGCAAACGUGGUCUUUUUCUAACUCGAUCUUCCCCUGGUUAAGGAUGAACUAUGAGGGUGGGGAGUUUGCUCAGCAGGUCUCCCUCUCACCUCAACUUGAUGACGCUAUGGAAAACAACACAAACAGCGAGGGCGUUUCUUUUAACAAAAACCCAACAAAUCCCAACUUUCAAGAAUUCAAAUCCGAGUCCACCUACCUGGAAAUUUUCGGCCUGAAGGACGCAUACUGCUUCCACGACAUCCUCCGGGGUAUCCAAGGGAAUCCGGAGGCGCAAAAGCGAUUAGAAUGGUUCACGGAAUUCACCGACCGCCUCCUUCUUAUGUUGCGCAUCGUCCAGCUCCUCCUUGCGAACCACUACCUGUCAUGCAAGACCAGAUCGGAGAGUCAUCACUACUGCAACUUACUCUGUAUGCUGCACAUCUACUGGGUUUAUUUCUACAUGUCCGUUGGGGUCUGGGACAUGGCCAUCCACCACUGUGAGGUCCUGGACCGUAGCUUUGAGUUCGGGGACAUCCACACGUUGGGUGCAUCUGCCUUCUCAGUAAAGGGGCGGAAUAAAAAUACAAUAAAGACGCCAACACGCUCCUCUGGUUAUAUGGAAGGUGGUGGCCGAGACGCCACGAGGGAUGGCGUGCAGGGGCUUUCUUUUUUUACACCCCCUUUUGACUUCCCUGUGCCUGACAAAGAUUCUGAGGUCUGGCGGUGGGUGCCCGACAUCCACGCCCUUUUACCCUUAUCUGUAGGAGAUAAUGUUUACGCGUUUAAAAAGAAAAGGCUGAAGAUUCCCAUGCGGCUCUACUCCAAGCACCUCAUUCCACUCGUUCUAAAGAUUAAAAUUUUGGCAGGUGCGUUGCAGGUUCUCAACGACCAAAUGAUACUGUUCUGUAGUACAGAAGGCACACACUCAAACUCACAUAAAAUUGAUAGGCUUAACCAAAUUAAUUUGAACCUCGUUAAUCCUGAUUUAUAUUUAUUAGGAAGCAAUAUUCUAAAGAUUUCGAAAACUAUACUUGAGAUCUAUAUAGAAACAGCUAAGGAGGAUUUAGUGCCUGUAAUAUUUCCCAAAUUCGGAUUAUCCAUCUCUAAUGCUAAAAAAUACUCAUGGGAGUAUAUAAUUUAUGAGAAUACUACGUUGUUGAGAGCUCACCUUUCUGAAGCAUACCAUGAAUUACGCAGACGCAUGCGACAGCAUCCAAACACGACCUGGACAAAACAAAUUCCUUCAGUCUUAGAAAAAUGCAAUAUCUUCACAAGAAAUCACUUUAAAGAAUAUAACGCUGAGGUACUCUCUUAA